AAACGGUUGAAAAUUGUUCGGUAACACUUUUGUGGAGUUCUGUGAUUGGUCGCGAUCUACUUAUAUAAGUGUUGUGGUCGUGAUAUGACUAACGGAACACGGUUUUGGCUGUCAGGAUGCUCUCUAUCUUGUUAAGUUUGUUGCUUUCAAAAUACGCCCUGGGACAUGAAGUAUGGUUUUCGGAAACUUUUCCUAAUGAAUCUAUUGAGAAUUGGGUGCAAUCAACAUAUAAUGCCGAGAAGCAAGGAGAAUUCAAAGUAGAAGCUGGGAAAUCUCCAGUUGACCCAAUUGAGGAUUUGGGCUUAAAAACAACUCAAGAUGCCAGAUUUUAUGGUAUUGCCCGCAAGAUCUCUGAACCGUUCAGCAACCGUGACAAAACAAUGGUUCUCCAAUUUACCGUCAAGUUUGACAAAACUGUCAGCUGCGGAGGAGCUUAUAUUAAACUUCUUGGUUCAGAUAUUGAUCCUAAAAAAUUUCACGGCGAGUCACCUUACAAGAUCAUGUUUGGUCCUGAUAUUUGCGGUAUGGCCACAAAGAAAGUCCAUGUCAUUUUCAACUAUAAGGGAAAAAAUAACCUGAUUAAAAAAGAAAUACCCUGCAAAGAUGACCUAAAAACGCAUCUGUACACAUUAAUCGUGAAUCCAAACAACAAAUACGAAGUUUUAGUUGAUAACGAGAAAGUGGAAGAAGGAUCGUUGGAAGAUGAUUGGGAUAUGCUUCCACCCAAAAAGAUUGAUGACCCAAAUGACAAGAAACCUGAUGAUUGGGUUGAUGAGCAAUUUAUCGAUGAUCCGGAUGACAAAAAACCUGAUAAUUGGGAUCAGCCCAAAACAAUACCUGAUAUGGAUGCCAAAAAGCCAGAUGAUUGGGAUGAUGCUAUGGAUGGUGAGUGGGAACGUCCUCAAAAAGACAAUCCGGAAUAUAAAGGCGAAUGGACACCUAGACGUAUCGAUAAUCCAAAAUACAAAGGAGAAUGGAAGCCUGUACAGAUUGACAAUCCAGAAUACAAACAUGAUCCAGAAUUGUAUGUCCUGAAUGACAUCGGUUAUGUCGGCUUUGAUCUGUGGCAAGUCGAUUCAGGGUCAAUCUUUGACAACAUUUUAAUUACUGACAGUCCGGAUUUCGCUAAGGAAGAGGGCGAGCGACUGUGGCGAAAACGAUACGAUGCUGAAGUUGCUAAAGAACAGUCAAGUGCAAAAGAUGACAAAGAGGAGUCUGAGGAAACAAAAGAACCAAAAGAGCUUCCAGACGAUGCAAAAGCAUCAGACGAGCCAUCUGGUGACCACGAUGAGCUGUAAAAUGUGAUGUUAGUUGUGUUAGGAUUCUCUGCUCCAAAUCUGUACAUUUAUCAUUUUUCGUGAUUAAUAUAAAUUGUUGUGACCAAUUUAUUGUCUUGUUUUAAUAUACAGUGAGGAUUCCUACUGAGUUCCUAUAUUCCGACUCCGUUGAUUUGUAAUGAGCUGUCUUAAAUAACCUACAGUUGUCCUAGCACACUUGUUGUUAUCUUGGUUGUAUUGCUAUCAAACUAUUUCCUUUUUAGAUUGCGAUACGUCACUGAAACCCAAUGGUCUAAUGAGAACCAAGCCCGUUGCAGAUGAUUUCGAUGAGUGCAAUAUCUGAUCGUAAAUGUCCUCCGAUUUAUCCCAUUCGUAUGUUGAGACUAUAGUAAAGAAUGCGUGUCAGUUCCACAUUCUAAUUAGUACUGAAAUCCGGCAAAUGUGUUACUCCAAACCCUUACAGACAAUAUGUUGCUCCUCACAUUUAACCGUGGUGGUGUGGCUUAGGAAGUU